AUGGAGGCGGCACUGGCAGCGGCACAAUCCCUGUUCACCCCCGCCGGCACCAGCGUACCACUUCUCCUACUCGUCGCCGGCGCCACCGCCGUCCUGUACGCCGUGAUCAGCCGCCGGAGCAGCGGCGGGCUACGCCUCCCGCCGAGCCCGUUCGGCCUGCCCAUCCUGGGCCACCUCCACCUGCUCGCCCCGCUGCCCCACCAGGCGCUGCACCGCCUGGCCGAGCGCCACGGCCCGCUCCUCUUCCUCCGGCUCGGCUCCGUGCCGUGCAUCUCCGCCUGCUCCCCGGACGCCGCCCGCGACGUGCUCAAGACCCACGAGGCCGCGUUCCUCGACCGCCCCAAGCCGGCGGCGGUGCACCGGCUCACCUACGGCGGGCAGGACUUCUCCUUCGCGCCCUACGGGCCCUUCUGGCGCUUCAUGAAGAAGGCGUGCGUGCACGAGCUCCUCGCCGGCCGCACCCUGGACCGCCUCGCCCACGUCCGCCGCGAGGAGGUCGCCCGCCUCGUCGCCUCCCUCUCCCUGGCGGCGCCCGCGCCCGUGGACGUCGACGUCAACGCCGCGCUCAUGGGCCUCACCGGCGACAUCGUGUCGCGGAUGGUGAUGAGCCGGCGGUGGACCGGCGACGACAACGGCGCCGAGGAGUUCCGGUGCCUGGUCGCCGAGACGGCAGUGCUCACCGGCACGUUCAACCUCCAGGACUACAUCGGCGCGUUCAGGAACUGGGAUGUCCAGGGCCUCGGCAAGCGCGUCGACGCGUUGCACCGCAAGUUCGACGCCAUGAUGGAGAGGAUUCUCACGGCGCGGGAGGCCAAGCGCCGGCACCAGCGGGAGAACGCCGACGCCGGGGAAGGUGCCGAGGAGAAGGACAUUCUUGACAUACUGUUCGACAUGCACGAAGACAAGGCCGCCGAGAUGCCGCUCUCAAGGGACAACAUGAAGGCUUUCAUGCUGGACAUCUUCGCGGCGGGGACGGACACGACGACGAUCACGGUGGAGUGGGCGCUGUCGGAGCUGAUCAACAACCCGGACGUGCUCCGGAGGGCGCAGGAGGAGAUGGACGCGGUGGUCGGCAAGGACCGGCUCGCCGACGAGUCCGACAUCCCGAACCUCCCCUACCUGCAAGCCGUGGCCAAGGAGACGCUGCGGCUUCACCCGACGGGCCCGCUCGUGGUGCGCCAGUCCCCGGAAAAGUGCAAGGUGGGCGACUACGACGUGCCGGCCGGCGCCACGAUAUUCGUCAACGUGUGGGCCAUCGGGCGGGACCCGUCGUCCUGGACGGAGCCGCUGGAGUUCCGGCCGGAGCGGUUCCUGGAGGGCGGCGCCAACGCCGGGACGGACGUGCGCGGGCAGCACUUCCACAUGCUGCCAUUCGGGUCCGGGCGGCGGAUCUGCCCCGGCGCGUCGCUGGCCUUGCUGGUGGUGCAGUCCGCGCUGGCCGCCAUGGUGCAGUGCUUCGAGUGGCGGCCUGCCGGCGGCGCGGACAAGGUGGACAUGGAGGAAGGGCCCGGGCUGACGCUGCCGCGGAAGCGCCCGCUCGUCUGCGCCGUCGCGCCCCGCCUCCACCCCUUGCCGCUGCCGUGA